CUUGUGUUUUAUAAUCGUAGGUACAUGUUGACAAAGCAGGUAUAGUUUCCUCGCUUUUGUUUGGAAGCUUUUGUCGAGUUAUUGGUUUUGUUUUACAGUGUAUAGGAACAAGUCGUCCUAUUGUUUUGGGGUUUAAUUUUCCAUGGGUAAGUAUUUUGGAUUCUGCCUACAAGCCUAGUAGGUGAAAACGGAUCUCUUUAUCGUUCAGGGGGUGGGCAGAGUUAUGUUGUGAACAUUUUAAAUGUCAACAGAUCAAAGCCGAUGACGGGUUUUGCUCCCAAUUUACGCACGAACUAAUCCUUGUAUACGUACAUGGUUACGCAAUAUAUUGUGGUCGUGUUACGCAACAAAAUCUUACAGCUGCUGGCAUAAGAUUGUUUAUCGAUUCUUACACCUUUUUUUCGUGUCCAGUCUGUAGUAGCAGCUGGUGGAAUAAAUUCGGUUGCAUAGUUGUAAAAUUCACAAAGCGCUCGGUUAUUUUACUGGCCCAUAGAACUUCUAUAUUGAUCCGCAUGAAAGAUCUUGCCAAAGCCGCGUAGUGUACUGCUGCAGCAGUACAACACACAAAUCUAUUUGACCAUUAUAGAAAAGCAUCUGUUUUAAACAAAAAGUCACAAACAUUCAAUUUAACAAAUAACAGCUCGAAAUCAUACGCCAUUCUACUUAUUUUAUGACCCGCCAGGGUCAGAGGUGCCACUCAUAUUCCAAACAACCUUGGUAUAACAAAACAACAUUUUAGAAACAAGAAACCAACGUUUAAUUCAGAUUCUGAGCAGCAUCAUUCAGAUUCUGAGAAGCAUACAUUGGUUUAAGUAGCACCGUAAGCAUGGUAAAGUUGUUAAACACUCCGUUCGGAAAUUAUGGGUAUGUUCUUAACCAAGGAGGGUUACCACCACAAUUUCGCGACGAAAUCACAUUGGUGACGUCAAAUAAACCAAUAGUGACGUCAAAUAAACCGAUAGUGACGUCAUCAAAACCCAGCGCGUACGAAGCGAAAUAUCUCAAAACGAGUGAGCUGGGAAAAUCUCAGAUAUAUCGAGCAAGGGACCCGGAUUCCUACUCAAAGCGAGGUCUAUUACAUCUUGGACAACUACCAAAACCUAAAGGCUUAGAUAUUACAACUCUAGCAGCAGCAGCCACAAGCAAAUCAACUCCUGUUGCAACAAGACCCGCCACACAACAAGUUAACUGCUUCAAAAAAGAAGCGAAUGCAGUGUUAAAACUGCCUAGUAUUGCACCAAAGCAACUCGCUAUUUGGAGCAGCUCAAGAUUUCACACAAGUUCUCACCUUCGGGGAACUCCCGGGUUCGCUAAAAGUUACGCAGCUUCACGAUCAGGACUUGGAAGUUGGGGGAAGGUUCUCGGUUCUGGAAGUGACGUAGAUAUCGCUUUGGUGACGUCUGACGAACGCGAAACGAGAAAUGACGUUAUGGCGUCGAAUGAGCUAUUGAGGAUCGAACCGACCUCAAUGAAACUAAGCAAACUUGGAAGACUAAAGAGCCAAAGGAUGUUGGAUGUAUACGCGGGGAUGAGCAUUAAACAUAGGGAACAUAGGGAUAAAAUUAUAAUGGACCGUGUCACGACAGCAGAAAAAAUAAAAGAGGAGAUUAAUAACAAUGAGACGCAGCGACGUCGCGAUGCUCUUACGUCAUCAAUAGACGCGCAAAAGAAACAAUUGCGUGAAGUUCGGAGUCGGCAUAACAAAAGGUACGAAACCCGACUUGCGUCGCUCUAUUUGUCGAAAACACCGGCCGUGGAAUCAAGAGAACAGGCCUCCGAGGACAAGUUGGCGAAUGCACCGAGCAUUCAAACUACACCGAGAGAAAUGUACGGUCUGCCGGAGGAUGAAAACGAUUUGCGCCCGAAUACGGUUCGCAUGUGGCGAAAGAACCGAAAAAUGUCGAACAAAAUAUCUCUGGAUGCUUUCAAUGCUGCGAAAAGUAACUUGCCAGUGAAUUUUAACAAUGUUUGGAAUAUGACUCGACCGAGAACAACUGCGAAUGUUACUGUUUGAUAUACAUGUGACGUCAACAAAACUGGUGACGUAGAAACUCGUGACGUCAUGUGUGUGACGAUAAAUUGACCCUGAAGUGUCGCAAUGAGAUAGUUAGAUCAUCCUCGUGUAUUCAUUUUUUACACUUUUUUUUAUUGUUUUGUUCAUCAAAGCAACAACGAAGAAAUAUUAAGUUAAAAAAGUGUAAAUAUUAGGAAGCUUAAUACG